CUGAAUGCAUGCAUUUGGCCUUCAGAUGAAGGUUCUCUUUUGAAUGUACUUUUGUUCAAAAAUUAAAAAGAAUGGUGUCUCAAGGAGUUCAGUUCAUUGCCAUUCUCGCAGGCUUCUUGGGGUGUUUGGGAACCAUCGUUGUGUGCUGCCUACCUCAGUGGAGCGUAACCGCAUUCAUUGGUGCAAACAUUGUGACAGCACAGAUAAUCUGGGAAGGAAUUUGGAUGACUUGUGCAGUGCAGAGCACCGGGCAGAUGCAGUGCAAGAUGUAUGACUCCAUGCUGGCACUCAGCGCAGACCUGCAGGCCGCCAGAGCAAUGACCAUUAUCUCCAUUUUGGCUGGUAUCAUUGGAAUCAUGAUGUCCAUCGCUGGUGGGAAGUGCACCAACUGCAUUGAGGAUACACGGGCUAAAUCGAUGGCAUGCAUCGUGGCUGGAGUGUCAUUUAUAAUUGCAGGUGUGCUCUGUUUGAUCCCUGUAUCCUGGACAGCUCAAAGGAUCAUCACAGAUUUUUAUAAUCCCAUAAUGAUGGAUGCACAGCGAAGGGAAUUGGGGACUUCCUUGUACAUUGGCUGGGCAGCCACGGGUCUUUUGCUGUUGGGGGGAGCGCUGCUCUGCUUGAACUGCCCUCCCAGGGAGCAGCACAUCUAUAACCCAAAGUACUCUGCUGUAAGAUUAACUCCUAUCUCAAAGGAAUAUGUCUGAGAGAGACAAACUAGUCUCAGAAUACUGCUAUAUAUCAAUCGUAUCUGUUUAGAAUUAGUGCUAGGAUUUGGUCGGCAUUCUGGACAUUUUCUUCUCAUCACCAAUCAUUGUAAAUAAACCACAUUAAUUCACACUGUUUGAAGAAAUAAUUCUUGCACCAAAGAGAAUUGGCAAAAAAUUUGUUUUCUGGGUUUUUUGUUUUUUUAAGAUCUUUAAUCAGUGGUUUUUCAAGAACAAGAUUGUUAUUGGAAGCAAAAACAAUACAAUCAUGCUCUUCUAUAUUAGGAACUAUUCAUCUAUCCACAUGAUUAUGUAACUUGCUUUUGUUAUGGUACACCACAUUUGGAUAAAAUAUUGUCCUUGGUGGAGAAUUUCAGUUUUGCUGAAGGAACUGGGUUAACUUAGGUUCCUACUCCCAAAUUAGAUGUAUGUAUUAAAAUGACCAAUUAUGUAUUGGGCACAACCUGAUGCACUGAGCUGGAAUAGGACAUUCUUUUUUUUUCAAAGUAUAAGUUUGGCAAAUACAGAAUUUAUGUUUAAAGAUGAAUGAACAGAUAUAUGCGUUUAUUCUCCUAGCAUCAUUUCUUUUUGUUACCAAUCCAUGGUGCUAGUCAAAAAUUGCAAUGUGAAGUACCAAAACAAAACAUCACCACUGAACUAUCUUAUUUUAUAGAUAUAAACUAAUCAUUAAUAGUCAAGCAUAAAAAGGUAACUGUUGUCACCAUUCAGUCAUUUAUUUCAUAACAAGGAAUUUUAUAUUACUUGACUGAUAAAAGUUUUAUUUGAAUUCCCCUGUUUGGUAGCAGGCCAUAUGUAUGGUAUACUGAAAGAAUACAUACAAAACAGUAUCCUGCAUGAAGUCUACAAUAUACACUAUAGUAUAUGGCCAAAACCUGAACAUUAUACCCAUAUGUGCACAUACAGUCCACUGCAAAACCAUGGGCAUUAUUUUGAUGUUGGUCCACCUUUGCUGUUAUAAUAACCUCCACUCUGCGAAGGCUUUUCACUAGAUUUUGGAAGUUGGCUCUAGGGAUUUGUACCCAUUUCACCACAAAAGCAUUAGUGAGGUUGGACAGUAAGGCCGCUCGAGUUCUUCCACUUCAAACUUGGCGAACCAUGUCUUUAUGGAUGUUGCUUUAUGCACAGGGCCCCUAAUUCUACAGCAUACUGAGACAUUUUAGAUAAUUCUACAUUUUCAACUUUGUGGCAACAGUUUGGGGAAGAACCACAUAUGGGUGUGAUGGUCAGGUGUCCACAUACUUUUGUUCAUAUAGCGUAUAUGUACCAGAAUAACUGUAUUCUAAUUACUUUUUCUGAUAACACAGUAAUGUAAUGCAUUACAUUUUAAAUAUAUAUUAUUUGAUUACAGUUACUGAUAUGAUUAUCUUUAGUUCUCUGCUAAAGAAUUUUUAAUUUUUUUUUUUGCUUUGAUUUUCACUGUACAUAGAUGAUUAUCCUUUAGGCAAGCCAUACUAUCUUUGUUUUGAGCUCCUAAACCUGUUUUUUGUUUAUAGUAGGAGUAUACGUGUAACUGCUGAUGUGUACAGUAUCUACAAAACCAGUAUUUUUGUUGUGUCCAAACCAGUUCUUAAACCAACAUGCUUUGUAUGCGAUUUCCUAAAAAUAAAAUAAAUAAAAAAGCUUUCAGUGUCCAA